CCUCCUGUCAAGGAUGUCCUCAUUCGCACUCUGGCCCGCCACCACCUAUCCCCAGACGAUUCCAUCGACUUGUCUGGUGUACAAGCCCGGCUUUCAAGCUUGCCCAACACUCCACCUACCGUUGAUGCAGCAUCGGUAGAUCAGAGUGAUCCGCCGAUGCUCCCAUAUUGGAGGAAAAGCGUGUACGGCGAGGACGUGCGCAGGGCCCUUUCCUACCUCCCCUUCCCCGCCGGAACCGUCGGACACUUCUUCUACCACCACAGCAGAGUAUCCCCAAUGGCUGGCUCGCUGCAAUUCCGCCUCUACUCCCCUGAGGAGGGUAUGUCGGGAAAUAAUGUUCUUCUCAACGAAUAUGGCACCCCCUGGAAUGUCCCUCUUCUGGCCAUCGCCUGGGAACCUCGACUUCAAGGCCUCAAGCAAGUGCUCGUGUCCGAGGGGCUGGUCCCGCAACAGCUCAUGGACUAUUGCGCUCAAUACGUCCCUGAACGGAACUGCGGUGUCGGACCCUUCACCCAACUCGUGUUCCACAAGAUGCAGACAUUCUAUGUCGACCUCACAGACCCAUACCAGCAGUUCAUCAUCGCA